AUGUAAUAAAUUUAAUAACUUGAAAUCGGAAUUGUGUUGUUAGUGGCAUGUCUGUCUUUCUUCUUUUUAGGCUAUCAAUGGGCUAAUUCAUAAUAAAAUUCUUAUAAUGAUAGUGUAUCUUACCAUUUAAAAUAUUUAGAUUGGAUCUGAAGAAGAUAAUGAACAUUAAGUAUAUAUUUAGUAAAUAUCAGAAGUUAGAUUAAUAGGUAAGGGAAUAUAAAGAAAGAGAAAAAUAAUUUUAAUAGUAAAUUGAAGAUCUCAAAAAAUAAUUAGCUAUGGGAAAUUAGAUUAAGUAUACAGAUUUAUGAGCA